ACGACCCACAAUCAAGAAAUAAAUAUAUACCCUUCCCUCCCUUGUGAUACUCCAUAAAUACGGUAACAUCAUCAUCAAUACACCCCCUUGUUAAACACCCUUUUCUCUUCUCUCUUCUCUUUGCCUUCCUUUCUAUCAGAAUUCUGGGAUUACAACUCCAAUCAUCCAUAAACACUCUCUCCCUCCAUUAUUAUUGUCACAAUUCAAGUGAUCCAUCAUGGGGUAUCAUCAGAAGCCUGCAUGGUUGGAAGCGCUAUACGCGGAGAAAUUCUUCGUGGCGUGUUCGAUUCACGAAACUGCAAAGAAGAAUGAGAAAAACAUUUGCUGUUUGGAUUGCUGCACCAGUAUUUGCCCUCACUGUGUCAUGGCUCAUCGUUCUCAUCGCCUUCUCCAAGUUCGUCGUUAUGUUUAUCAUGAUGUUGUUCGACUUGAGGACUUGGAGAAGCUCAUUGACUGCUCAAACGUUCAGGCUUACACCAUAAACAGCGCGAAAGUGGUGUUCAUCAAGAAAAGACCUCAAAACCGGCAAUUCAAGGGCUCUGGGAAUUUCUGCACCUCUUGUGAUAGAUGUCUCCAAGAACCCUUUACUCAUUGUUCCCUUGGUUGCAAGGUUGAGUUUGUGCUGAAACAUUACGAGGAUCUCUCUCCAUUUCUACGAAAAUGCAAGACUCUACAACUCGGCCCGGAUUUCUUCAUUCCUCAAGACUUUAAUUACCCCUAUGGCGAUGAUGAAAUGACUAACGAAACUCCACACUCAACCAUCGUGGAUUGCGACGAACAGAUGAGCUCAUCCUCCGGUUCGUCGGGAUCGGAGAAUAACAAUCCGAUGAGCUUCGUGUGCACCGAGUUCGUGAGGAAGAAACGAAGCGGGUUAUACGUUUGUGGAAGAUCGGUAAAUAAAAUUGCGGAUGAAGACAUGGCUACCAGCUGCAUGAUGAGUAAUAGGCGAAAAAGGGUUCCCCAAAGAUCACCUCUUUGCUAAAUUAAAUUGGUUUUCUUAAUUUUGAUUUUAAUUUUUUUAAAAAAAUAAUUAAAUUAUUUUAUUAUUAUUGGUUACUAUAUUAAGCAGUAUCUAUCUAGUUGUAACAUUUUACCAAGUG